CGGCGGUAGUAGCAGCCCCCAAACUGUCAUGGCGCCGCGCACCACUGCGAGAAAUGCGGGCCCGGCUUUACGCGAAUCGUUGUCACGUUUUCCUACCGAUUGUCCGAGUGAAAAAUUUGUCGUUCCAAUUAUCGAGAUGAUCGCCUAGCUCGGCGAUCGCUGUUUCGACCGACCCGCAGAGACUGUCCGCGAUAGUUUAUCGUCUUGUAAAAACACGCUACGCCCUAAUUUGUGUGCUUCAACGUCAACGUAUGAGAAAUCGUGCAUACAGAUCCGAACGAGGGGGGAAAGGAGAACCGAUCCUCCGCAUAAAGGGGAUAUUGUCAAUUAUUCCGGUAUUCGUACCGUGCACCGACAAUUAUCGACAAAGUUACCAACGAUCGUUCUAUAAACUCCUCAUUAAAAUCGGACGUUAAUGUCGCGUGCGUAAAAAUCCACUCGGUCGCAGGAGUUGCAAUCGUACGUGUGGUGGAGUGAUGAAUUGAAACUAUCGUGCUAACUAUGUUUCUAUCGUGCGGUUUGUAAGUGAUUGUUUUCUUUCUUCUCUUUCCACUUAUCGUCGAAUCCUGUUCGACGUUUUUUAUUAUUAUAACGAAUGGCGGUUAGAUACCGCGAGAAGAAAUUCAUCAAGAGCGAUACAAAAGCGGUCCCACUCGAAAGUCUGGGGAAACGAUAUCCGGAAGACUGGAACAUUCCGCAUCAAGUGGAGCAGUAACUUUUCAAAGUUGAAGAGCGUUUCCUCGUUACUGUUUCAUCCUCCCCGAUUAUUUUUCCUCUCGUUUGUUUCGUCGAAUUCAUCGGUGACGAUACAUCGUGUGGGUGACAAAUCGCGUACGAACCCGUUCGAGCGACGUGUGCCACGAAAGUGAAAGUCGCGUAAACAGAUAGAGCUGAGAAAAAAAAUUCCCUUCCGAUUCGGUUGUCGGUUGAUAAUUUUCCAAGCUAUGACGUUACCCGGAGUAGUAAGGAUUCGCAGUUGGUUAAAAUAGUCGACGAGCGACGACGAAGAAAAGAAGACAAGAAACCAUUGUUACACGGAUCGAGGAAAGAGGGUAUAAAAACAAACGGGAGUCGGACUGAACCGGGUGAAAAAAUGUCCUAGCGAAGGUGGUACCUCGCCUAGGUGUUUCCCUCGUCCUGUUCCAAAUAAAUCCUCCGUUACAGUCCCCGGAUGAUUCCCGGAUUCCUCCCGAAACCCUCCCGAACCCAACCAAAUCCAAACUCCUUAAUCCCGAUCGCUGAUCGUAGCCCCACCCGCGGUAAGAAACCACACCCAACCGGAAACGAGCUCCGCACAACUUUCCAAGACAGAGAAUUAUACAAGGUGAUGCUCUCAGAGCCGGGAUCGUCGGUGUCGGGAUAACAGGUUUUGCGAUCUCAACCGAUGAAGUAAACCCCGCGGGAACGGAACUUCGAGUCCAGAAUUAUAGGGGAUAGCGAUAAAAAGACGACCCUCGGUGACGCCGGAAGUUGACGAGGCGACAGAGGUAGUGGUGGCGGAGCAGCGGGGAUACUAUGGGAGCGGGGGAAUGGGGGACGGAGGAGGGCCACAAGCCACGGAACUCCGGCGACGGUUGUCCCAGAAAUCCUGCGACCGACGAACGUCUUCGCCAACAAAUUUGCUGAGACACGGCCACGGCGCAGGUCGAGACAACGAUGAGGAAGAUACGCGACAUUGCGACAACGAACUCAGCGAAACUACCGCGGACUUCUUAUCCGACCCGAGUCUAGCUUCCGGACAACCCACGUGUCUGGGUUCGUUCGGCGCUCGUAGAUAUCAACGAGGGGAUGAAAACGUGAUCUCAACCGAGUCGAGGCCGGUCGCCACUCCGCACUACCGUCAACGGCGGAUAUCCACCGAAAAUCAACGCGAUGCGAGCGACGUCGUCAAAAGACGUUGUCAGCUGCGGGGGAACCGGGGAUUCCGGUGGCUCGCCGAAAUGGUGGCACAGGCUCUGGUUCUCGGCGUCAUCCUCUUCGUCACACCGGGCUUGUGCUACCAAGAUGCGGUGCACAUAACGGCGAUACUGGGCGAGAGCGUGGUAUUCAACUGCCACGUGGAGUUCCCGGGUGAGCACCCCGUGCCCUACGUCCUCCAGUGGGAGAAGAAGGUAGGCGAAACGGGGCAGGAAAUACCGAUAUACAUAUGGUACGAGUCGUAUCCAACCCACAGUGGAGAUGGCUACGAAGGUCGUGUUUCCAAGGUCAGCCCGAAUUCACCCUACGGAGUCGCCAGUCUCAACUUGACCAACAUUCGGGAGAGUGAUCAAGGAUGGUACGAGUGCAAGGUGGUUUUUUUGAACCGAUCGCCGAACAGUCACAAAAACGGCACCUGGUUCCACCUGGACGUUCACGCUCCUCCACGAUUCAGCAUUACCCCCGAGGACGUAAUCUACGUGAAUCUUGGCGAUGCGAUAAUUCUGAAUUGUCAAGCGGAAGGCACUCCGACACCGGAAAUCUUUUGGUACAAGGAUGCCAACCCGGUAGAACCCUCGGGUACAAUCGGAAUCUUCAAUGACGGUACGGAACUUCGCAUUGCUACGAUCCGAAACGAAGAUAUCGGCGAUUACACGUGCAUAGCCAGGAACGGCGAGGGGCAAAUCAGCCACACAGCGCGAGUCAUCAUCGCAGGUGGAGCGGUCAUCAUGGCACCACCGAUAAAUCAAACCAAACUCGAAGGUGAGAAGGUCGAAUUUUCUUGCGAAGCGAAAGCACUUCCUGGCAACGUCACGGUACGUUGGUUCCGCGAGGGUGCUCCAGUCAAAGAAGUUGCCGCCCUGGAAACGAGAUUCACCAUCAAAAUGGACGGCAGCCUCGUAGUCAACCCUGUGAGCGCCGACGACUCGGGACAAUAUUUAUGCGAAGUUACCAACGGCAUCGGCGAACCUCAGAGUGCCAGCGCUUAUCUCAACGUCGAAUAUCCAGCGAAGGUGACGUUCACGCCAACUGUUCAGUAUCUCCCCUUUCGUUUGGCGGGGGUUGUCCAGUGCUACAUAAAGUCGAAUCCUCCUCUCCAGUAUGUGACGUGGACGAAGGACAAACGGCUACUGGAGCCUUACCAAACGAAAGAUAUCGUAAUUAUGAACAACGGCUCACUACUGUUUACAAGGGUCAGUGAAAACCAUCAGGGUAGGUACACUUGUACUCCCUACAACGCUCAAGGUACGCAGGGAAGUUCUGGACCCAUGGAAGUACUUGUACGAAAACCACCGGUCUUCACCCUUGAACCUGAGGGGAUGUAUCAACGAAAAGUCGGAGAAAAUGUCGAAAUGCACUGCGACGCUCAGGGCGCCGAGGGCACGCAAAAUCCAACCAUACAAUGGCAACGCAGGGAUGGCUCGGCGCUGCAACGUAAUCGCGCUAAAAUCGUUGGGGGCAAUUUGACCAUCGAGGGCCUGAGGCGGACAGAUUUCGGCUUCUAUCAAUGCGUUGCCACGAACGAAGUUGCAACAAUCGUUGUCGGGACGCAACUUGUCAUCGAAGGAAGUCAACCGCAUGCCCCGUACAACGUUUCCGGCAACGCCACCGAGUUUUCGGUGACCUUGACUUGGCUACCGGGAAAUUCAGGGGGCCCGGACUACAAACAGGAUUACACGAUCUGGUACCGAGAAUCCGGAACUUCGGAAUGGACGACGAUUCCAGUGACGCCAUCGGGCAGCACAGAGGUGACCAUCAACAGGCUAUCUCCGGCAACUGUUUACGAGUUUCAAGUAGUUGGUAAAAACGCUCUCGGCGAUGGAAUGCUUAGUAAAGUGAUCACGAUUCGAACAAGGGACGUUUUUGAUAAUAGUACUCAGAUUUUACCGACUGAUUCCACAGGAAAUCCCGUCAAUCCAACGACCGUGCGUCCAAAAGGACCUGCACCGGGUCCCCCAAAGAAUUUGACCGUCACGGAAAUCAGCAAUGGGUUUCUGAUCACGUGGCAACAACCGGCGGAAAGACAUCACCUCAUACAAUACUACACCAUAAAGUACAAGACCGAUGGACAAUGGAAAACGCUCAACAAGGGACAAAUCAGACCCGAAGACACCAGCUACUUAGUUAAAAAUCUCGUCGGAGGACGUACGUACCACUUCCAAGUGUUCGCCAAUUCGGCGACUAACUACGGAGCAAGUGACCAGGUCAAGUUUCCGGUACCAGCGCGAGUUAAGCACAAAGCUAUAACGGCAGGAGUCGUCGGAGGAAUCCUCUUCUUCAUCGUAGCGAUUAUACUGAGUAUAUGCGCUGUCAAGAUAUGCAACAAAAGGAAACGACGAAAACAGGAGAAAGAACUGCUUUCAGCGUAUAACAUGGUGGCCUGCCGAGUCACUGAUUCAAGGAACGGCGCAGGGCAGGGUCCCCAGGGAACAGUGCCUUUGAAAAAACCUGGAAAAGGCCGAGUACCAGGUCUAAGUCUGCUCCGGGAAAUUCUAACGGCAGACACACCAGACUCGUCGAGGGGUCGUCCUCUCGGUAAAAUCUCCCGAGCAGCGGACGGUCGUUUCGUCAUCGCAGAUUCGGUGGUCAGCUCAGCCAACAACAGUAUUCUGGAUGCAUCGAGCAGCGACGACGGUGGUUUCCUGCCCAAAAACCGUCUGAAUUCGUGCUGGCGAAGACCCCUCGUAGGAAUAAGUCAACUGAGUCUGCGCUCGGAUGCCAGUGCCCUCUCGAUCUGCGUUCCCGGUCAUCUCGGCGGCGAUGCAGCCGACGCGAGAGCGCCGGCGAUCAAGACGAUAGCGUCGCCACGUUUUCUGGCUAGUUCUCCGACCAGUCCGCACGUCCCCUGGUCACCGAUGUACUUCAGCGACUUGAGCUCGGUCAGGCAACCUUCGUCCGGGGAACGCUCCUUUCCGACGCCGCCUGGUUACCUUCAAUUGCGUUCGAUGCAUCAAAGAUACAGUCAAGAGCUGCCCUCGCUCCGCGCCAUUCACGCGGAAUCGAGAAGAUUCAUUCCUGUCCAACCUUUGGCCACUUCGUCGCCACCGCAAACCGCCGGCCGUCCGAAAGCACGCCUUCCGCCGCGACACGCGAGGCACGCGAGGUCGGCACCCGAACUGGCCGCUUCGCCGGACCUGGAAACGUCACCCGAAAGCAGAUCGAGCAGCAGCGGUUUCGGUAGCAAAAACACAUCCCAACAAAAUCAAAGCUCGAGAUCCGGCAGCACGGUGGCCGAAUGGAGACCUCCGCCUUACAGACCUCCACCCCCGCCGCUCGUCGGACGAUGGCUCGAACUUCAAGACGGCAAAACAACGCACAAGGCGACUGACGCGGGCAGCGUUGACGGACACUACGAAUUCGACCCGGUAUCCUGCACACCGACGCCGACCUCCGCGUCAACGCCCACGAGGGAGGAAAGACCACCCGCCGCCGUUCACCACCCACCUCCCAGAUACACGAGGGACAACAUCGAGGCGAGGGUCCAAGCGAUGAAGGCUGAAUUCCAUCAGUUUCGUCAACGACAAGCUCGACGUCGUCAAAGUGCGCAUUUGGAGAGCGCGUGUUAGUCGAACGUGCGGAUACAAACGUACCGAUGUACCCGGGGGGUGCCUCUGCGAUAAUCGGGAGAAAUUGUUCACCGGUAUAUCGUCGGUUGUCAAUUUUCAAAAGAGCGUUUGCGUAGACCAACCGUGACGCGCGAUCGCUUCGACAUGUUUUGAAACGAUACAUCGAAAGACGGAGAAAAAGUAUGAAUUCGUUCUUCGAUCUGAUCAAAGUUACGUCGCACUCGUACGCAUAGGUUGAAGAGAAAUAAUUUUUCCCUCAUUUUCACUUUCUCUCCUUCGCAAACAUACACUGUUAUUAUUAUUAUACGUAAUAUCGUCACUAUAUCAGGGAUCACGUACGCGUAUUAAAAAAUAUAUUAUAAAUAAAAAUAAUACAAGCGUACGGCAAUAAAGUCUCGUCGGAUACUCGGAUGUAUAGAUAAUUAUGAUAACGCUCCUUUGGUUCGUAUUAGAUAUUAAAACGGAUAGGGUAAAAAGAAAAAGGGAACGCUCCUCUGUCGGAUAGACGACAGAGUGUGAGAAAAAUCGUUGGGGGAUCGUUGCCGAGUCUAACGAAUCAUAUUCAAUUAAUGUAGUGCAACGAAUGCUUCCAUCGGCUCAAUGGAAGUAUUCGGAUUCGAACGAAUUGCGCCGUAGUACAUCCGAUCGCAUCCGUUCUGUCGUUUUUAAAAAGAUUACUCGAGUCGGAAUGAAAGCCGAAAAUUAAACGGGAUGGGAUGUGAAAAACGCGAAGAAGAACCGAUGGAAAUAUGACAAUUAAAUAAAUAAAUAAAUAAAUCAACAAUACUCCAAAGAAACUGUACUACGUGCCGUAUACUUUUUCGAAAGGUAUACGUAAUAUUAAUGAUAGUGAUAAAAUAAUUUAACCCUAAAUUAAUAACGAACGAUUGGAGAAUUAAAGAUUAAGAGCAACGGACACGAAAAAAGUGAUAUUAGGCCGGAGCUUGCCUCGAGAUCGUUAAGGACACCUACCUUCCCACACACCUACACACGCACACGCGCGAAUACACACCCACACACACACUCGUACUGCACUGCCUGUUUAGGGUCUCGCUGUACGGCGACCCACCGUAUUAUCGGCACAAUAAUUUUUCCUAAACAUAACGUAUGUAACGUGAAAAUAUUUAAGCGAAGAACCUCGCGUGAUCUCCUUCAUGAUAUACACACAUAUAAUAUAUCUGUCGUCGAAUGAUCGAGAUGAUGCUAAAAAGAAGGAUCGAGGAGCAUAGAGAAAUGAUAAAAAGGGUUAAACCGCGACGAGUACACGAUAAAAGGGGAGAGGAUGUUAAAUUAUGAAUGCGGUAUCGUAUCUUUCCGCAUCGAGGUAAAUGAGCGGAACGUCGUCAUCUGCGAUACGCGCACGAUAUAGAGCUGCAGUUUUUCCCUGCUGCAUCUGUACAGGUGUUUAAUCGGCUACAUAAUAUAGCCGAGUUCGGAAAAGAGAAUAAUAACACGUGUAUAUAAAUUA